ACCACGUCUUGAAUGACGUAUAUACCCACAAUGCUCCACGACGCGCGAAACUUGAAGAAGAUAAACAACACUACAAGCAAAGAGUUAUAAGCAACUGAGAAGUAAGAACUUCAGAUAUGAGCAAGAAAGAUGCAGCGGCGGUGGCCAUCAUCCUCACUUACCUGAAUGAGCAGAAUCGACCAUACAGCGCUCAAGAUGUGUUUGGGAACCUACAGAAGCAGCACGGCUUUGGUAAAACGGCUGUGGUCAAGGCAAUGGAGCAACUGGCCCAGGAUGGCAAGAUUCGAGAGAAGACUUACGGCAAGCAGAAGAUAUACUUUGCCGACCAGGCCCAGUUUACAGACGUGAGUGACACUGAUCUGAAGACCAUGGACACACGCAUCUCUGAGCUAAGCUCACAGGUGCAAGAAGUCACACAGUGCUGCAGGCAAUUGGAGUCUGAGCUGAGGGAGCUGAGCAGCUCCCUGACCUCCGAGGAGAUGGCCUCUGAGAUCCAGGAGCUGAAGCCAGAGUGUGCGUCAUACCGUGAGCGCCUGCAGAAGAUCAAGUGUGCAACUAAUCAUGUUUCACCAGAGGAGCGAGAAAAGAUUCACAAAGUCAGGAAUCUCUAUGUGAAGGAAUGGAGGAAGAGGAAGAGGCUGACACAGGACAUGAUGGGUGCGAUCUUGGAGGGUUAUCCAAAGAGCAAGAAACAGUUUAUGGAGGAGGUUGGUGUGGAAACCGAUGAAGACCACAAAGUGACCAUACCUGAUAUUUAAUGAAAUUGGGUCUUUGAAUGUUUGUCUUCGGUGGUCACCAUGGAUACAUGCUACCAACUGACUGCACUGUCUGUGUGAGAGGUAACGUGCAGCAGUCCUUAUGUAGUGGCAAACUGGAAACUUGGCCAGUUAAAGUUUAAAGUAAGGAUUAAACUUUUCCUGUUCAAGAGACCGCAUGGCAUCCAACAGCCGGAUAUGAAAAAGGAAAAUGGUUGUAGAGACAGGAACAGUGAAUAUUGUUUAUUUCCAAUUACAAACUGUAUUCAUACAAAAAUAUUUCAACUGCUCUUGUCAAUAUCAGCAUACAAUUUCAAGAGGUUGUAUACAAGGUUCCAACACGCACCCAAUAUUGAUUAGUAUCUAUUAAAUUAUUUCCCUUUAACAUUUUGGCAUUGUAUUUCUUAAUAUAAAAAUUCCUGAUUACCGUUGGUUUUUGGAUUGUGCUGCAACAUUCUCUACAAUCUUAUUUAUUUUGGUUGAAAUAAGUCACCAUAAAUGACAUGAUUUCAUUAAUGAGUGUCUCUGUGCUUCAGCAAUAUGAGAGUAACACAUAAUGGGUACACUAAAACACAGCAAAAACAAACGACAAUGAACAAUCUGAAACAAUAUUCAGGCGACUC